AUGGCUAUAACUGUCAUGACAUUGAUGAAUGCCAAACAACCAACAACUGCAGCUCCUCAGCUAGCUGUACCAAUACCAAUGGUGGCUAUACCUGCUCUUGUAAUUCUGGCUUCACUGGUGAUGGCUAUAACUGUUAUGAUAUUGACGAAUGUAAAACAACCAACAACUGCAGCUCCACAGCUAGCUGUACCAAUACCAAUGGUGGCUAUACCUGCUCUUGUAAUUCUGGCUACACCGGUGAUGGCUAUAACUGUCAUGACAUUGAUGAAUGCCAAACAACCAACAACUGCAGAUCCUCAGCUAGCUGUACCAAUACAAAUGGUNGCAAAACAACCAACAACUGCAGCUCCUCAUCUAGCUGUACCAAUACGAAUGGUGGCUAUACCUGCUCUUGUAAUUCUGGUCACACUGGUGAUGGCUACAACUGUAAUGAUAUUGAUGAAUGCAAAACUACCAACAACUGCAGCCCUUUGGCUAGCUGUACCAAUACCAAUGGUGGCUUCAAAUGCACAUGCAAUACUGGAUAUAAUGGAGAGGGCCAUGUUUGUUUAA